AUGACAUUGGUGAACGAUGAUGUUUCGAAAAAAUUAGGAAAUUAUAUGCUACGAGGAUAUACGCUUCUCGACACUGUUUGUCCUGAAUGUCAAAAGGUUCCCAUGAUGAGGUUGCGAGACCAACCCAUGUUUUGCGUUGCAUGCGUUGACAAACCAAAAGCUGAAGCUCCAGCAUUACAAUCAUCACAAUCAUCUUCUUUAUUAGAAAACACUCCUCAUGGACGCGACGUUGUACAACAACAUGUCUCUUCUACGUCUUCUCCUCAGACAACAAAGUCUGAACCAAACCAACUUCAAAAGAACGAAUCUUCUCAGCCCAAUAAGGCUUCAGUUUAUGUGAAACUUAUUGAUGAGCUGGAAGCCCAACUGGAAGAUUUUAUCCCGAUUCCUCACAAUGAGUCUCGAGAGGUCGCUUUCCAACGUAUUGAACGCAUUCUACAACUCAUCGAACUUGCCAAAGAUAUGCGAGGCAAAAUAUAG